AUGGCGGGGCCGCGGCCGGGCUCCUUCCCGCUGCUGGUGAGCGGGGAUUGGGGCACCGCGGAGCCGCCGGCCGCGCUGCGCAAGAAGCUGCUGCUUUACUUCCAGAGCCCGAAGCGCUCGGGCGGCGGCGAGUGCGAGCUGCGGGGGGGACCCGGGCAGCUGCUCGUCUGCUUCGCCCAACCCGACGUGAUGCGGCGGGUGCUGGACCGGCCGGCACACGAACUCGAGUGGGGACCCCGCGGGAAGCUGUCGCUGCUCGUCACCGUGCCGCCGCAGGAGGGCGCCCGUUCCACGCAGCAGCCGCCCGCUGAACCCGAGACGCCAGCGGCUGAGAGUGCGCUGUUAUCUGCAGCUGACGAGCCCGUGCCGUCUGUGCCCACCCUCGCUGAGCACGAUGCCGCCGCGGCCGCAGGAUCGGGGCUGUCGCCGCAGCGCCCACCGCCUCAGGAAGCGCCUCCGGAGGGGCACG